AUGGGACAGUCCGACUUCCCCACCCCUGCACGGGCUGCGUUAUGGUGCAGCUCGCCGAUCCCGGGGGCGGGGCAGCGGGAAGACCGCUGCCGCAGCGCUCAUUGGCUGGGGCCGUGCCCGGCAGAGUGCGGCGGUGCUGGUUGGUCGGCCGCUCCGCCAAUCACGCGCCAGGGUCGUGGCUGCGCCCCUUUGUCGGGCGUGGCGGCGCGGGGCGGGGCCGCCGUUGGCCUGCGCGCCCGGAUGCUGGCUUCCUUCAAGCUGCCUGCCUAUGAGGAGGUGGCCCACCGGCCCAGCACACCGCCGCCGCCAUACAGCGCCAUCCUGGCCCAGCUGAGCGGGCCCCGCGGCCGCCUGGGCUCCAGCAGCCUCACCCUCUCGCCCAGCUCAGAGAACUACACCAGCUGCUCCUGCGAGUCGAGCUGCGCCACGUCCCCCAGCAGCACCUCGCUCUCGGUGCAGGUGACAGACGAGACGGAACGUAGCCGGGCCAGCACGCCCAGCGAGGAGGGUGGCACCAGCAGCACCGGUACUGGCGCCAGCUGGGAUCUGCCCCCCGAGGAGGCACCAGCCCGCGGGGCCCCGCACAAGCACGCCCUCUUCUCCUCCACCGUGGACUUCUUCGAGGCUGACUGCCACCCCUGCUCCGACAUCGAGGAGGGCGAGGAAGAGGAGGGUGGCGCAGCCCAGGAGGAAGGCGGCAGCGGCGGCGAGCAUUUCCGGCACCGGCGCCUGACGGGGGACUCAGGCAUCGAGGUGGGGCGCUGCCAAGAGGAGGAGGAGGGCGAGGGCGAGGGCACCCACCUCCUGGGCAAGGGGGCUGCAGCUGCCGGGGGCCCUGUGCCCACCCCAUCCCGUCCCGGUGCUGCGGUGCCAUGGGCCCUGGGGCCAGUGCCACUGCCGGGGGGAGGGGGCCCAUCUCCGCCGGGGGCCAGGCGGUUCACGUAG